GGAUCAUCCUGGGGACGCACCACGAGAAGGGAGCGUUCACCUUCUGGUCCUACGCCAUCGGGCUGCCCCUGCCCAGCAGCGCCAUCCUCAGCUGGAAGUUCUGCCACGUCCUGCACAAGGUCCUGCGCGACGGCCACCCCAACGUCCUCCAGGACUGCCAGAGGUACCGCAGCAACAUCCGAGAGACGGGGGACCUGUGGGGCCAUUUGCACGACAGAUACGGGCAGCUGGUGAGCAUCUACACGCGGCUCCUCCUCACCAAGAUCUCCUUCCAUGCCAAGCAUCCUGAGUUCCCCCCAGGCCUCGAAGUGUCGGAUGAGGUGCUGGAAAAGACCGCAGGGACGGACGUGAACAACAUCUUCCAACUGACGGUCGAGCUGUUCGACUACCUGGACUGUGAGCUGAGGCUUUCGGAGUCAGUUUUCAGGCAGCUCAACACCUCGAUGGCGAUCUCGCAGAUGUCGGCGGUGCAGUGCCGCCUGGCCCCCCUCAUCCAGGUCAUCCAGGACUGCAGCCACCUCUACCACUAUGCCGUCAAGUUAAUGUUCAAGCUGCACUCCUGUCUGCCAGCCGACACGCUGCAGGGCCACCGAGACCGUUUCCACGAGCAGUUUCGCAGCCUGAAAAACUUCUUUAAGAAAGCAUCCGACAUGCUGUAUUUCAAGCGGCUCAUCCAGAUCCCUCGGCUGCCAGAGAGCCCCCCAAACUUCUUGCGGGCAUCUGCGCUGGCCGAGCAUGUGAAGCCGGUGGUCGUCAUCCCCGAGGAAGCCCCCGAGGAUGAGGAGCCAGAGAACCUCAUCGAGAUCAGCACGGCUUCCACCACGGAGCCGCAGGUCACCUCGGAUGUAUUCGAGCAAACCUUCGGGCCACCCAAUGGCAUUCGGGACGACAGGGAUGCGCAGAUUGAGAGCCUGAAGAAGGAGGUGGACAUGCUCCGAGCAGAGAUGGAGAAGAUUAAACUGGAGGCGCAGCGGUACAUCACGCAGCUCAAGGCGCAGGUGAACAGCCUGGAGGGCGAAGUGGAGGAGCAGCGCAAGCAGAAGCAGAAGGCGCUGGUGGACAAUGAGCAGCUGCGGGACGAGCUGGAGAAGCUGCAGAGGGUGAAGCAGGACAGCGACAGGUCCCAGCGGCUCUGCGCCGAAGCGGAAAAGAAAGCCAGUGCCACAGAGAUCCGCUACACGAAGCUGAAGGAGAAGCACAGCGAGCUCAUCAACACGCACGCUGAGCUCCUGAGGAAGAACGCCGACACUGCCAAGCAGCUGACGGUCACGCAGCAGAGCCAGGAGGAGGUGGCCCGUGUCAAGGAGCAGCUGGCGUUUCAGGUGGAGCAGGUCAAGCGAGAGGCCGAGAUGAAGCUGGAGGACCAGAGCGUGCAGAUGGAGCAGCUGCGGCAGGAGCUGGACGCCCGGCGGGACGAGCUGGACCAGGCGCAGCGCUCGCUCAGCCACGCCAAGCAGGCAGGUGCGGAGCUCAAUGCCCAAGUGGAGGCCCUGCAUGCCGAGAAGGAGGUGCUGAGGCGGUCGGUGAGCGAGAAGGAGUGCGAGCUGCUCUCCACGCGUGGCCUCAUUGAGGAGAAGGAGCUGCAGCUGAGCCAGGAGGCAGACAAGGCCACGAGGGAGAUCCGCGAGCUACAGGGCAGGCUCCUGGAGAAGAGCAACCAGGAGCAGAAUCUGCAGCAGAAGCUGCUGGAUGAGCAGUUCGGCAUCCUGCAGGAGACGGUGCGGGAGGCGGAGGACAUCCUCCGUGACGCGGUGGCCAAGCUGGACGACCCGCUGCAUGUCCGCUGCACCAGCUCCCCAGAUUACCUGCUCAGCCGGGCACAGGCAGCGCUGGAGUCCACGGAUGCCCUGGAGAACGGACACGCGCAGUACGUGGCCUCCAUGGCAGAUGCUGCAGGGCUGGUGGGAGCUCUGGCCCUCUUCGCGCACCUGACGGCCGACACCAUCGUGAACGGCAGUGCCACGUCCCACCUGGCUCCCACUGACCAUGCUGACCGGCUUAUGGAGACGUGCCGGGACUGUGGGCAGCGGAGCCUGGACUACUUGGGCGAGCUGAAGGACAAGCAGACGCUGGGGCACGCCGAGCUGGGGGACGUGCGGCGGGCGCUGCGGGGGGUCCUGCAGCUGGCCCAGGAGCUGAGGCCCAAGAGCUUAGACAUCAAGCAAGAAGAGCUGGGGGACAUGGUUGAGAAGGAGAUGGCCUCCACCUCAGAGGCGAUUGAGGAUGCUGUCAGGCGGAUAGAGGAGAUGAUGAGCCAGGCCAGAAACAAGAGCUCCGGUGUUAAGCUUGAAGUGAACGAGCGCUGCUUUGUGGGCUGCUUAGAAGCUAUUCGACUUCUUGUAACAACAUCUACGAACUUACAGAAGGAGAUAGUAGAAAGUGGCCGGGGGGCAGCAACAACUCAGGAGUUUUACGCCAAGAACUCGCGCUGGACUGAAGGGCUGAUCUCGGCCUCCAAGGCAGUGGGCUGGGGAGCCACGCAGCUCGUGGAGUCAGCAGACAGAGUUGUCCUGCACACGGGCAAAUAUGAAGAACUGAUUGUCUGCUCCCAUGAAAUCGCUGCCAGCACGGCCCAGCUGGUGGCUGCCUCCAAGGUGAAAGCCGAGAAGAGCAGCAGGAACCUGGGCCGGCUCCAGGAGUGCUCGCGCAACGUCAACGAGAUGGCGGCCAACGUGGUGGCUUCCACCAAGUCGGGGCAAGAGCAGAUUGAGGAGAAAGACACCAUGGACUUUUCCGGCAUGUCCCUCAUCAAGCUGAAGAAGGAAGAGAUGGAAACACAGGACGGGGAGGCGAAGCCAGCGCCAGCCCCCAGGCGAGGCAUCCUCAAGAAGCCCCCCCUGGCCCAGAAGCCCGGCCAUGGAGAGCCCGAGCGAGACGCCGGCCCGUACCCGCCUCACGGGGCGAACUAG